AUGAGGCCAACAUUCGUACGUGCUUCGCCUAUUUUGAUGGACACUUCAGGUGUUGUCCUUUCCCCUACAGCCCAUUCGUCUUCCGUGGAAAUUGUGCAAUGUGCAGAUUGCAGCGCAGACGAUCCUCAAUGGGCCUCAAUCAAUCGUGGUGUCCUCAUAUGCACGGAUUGCUGCUCAGUUCAUAGAAAUUUAGGACGACAGUAUUCACAAGUUCGUUCACUAAAUCGUGGAAUGUGGGAUACGCCACAAUUGGAACUCGUCAAAUUACUGCACAAAACCGGCUCAAAUCGUGUUUGGGAACAUGCGAUGCUUGAUCCGGCUUCAUCCUCGAAAUUCAAAAGAAAACCAUUACCACAUGAUCCGAUUCUUCCUACUAAGGAGGCUUUCAUUAAAGCCAAAUAUGUUGAUCAUGCGUUCAUCCGUAAACCAACUAAGGAUGACGAACCAUGGAGUUUGGAUGAUGUAAACAAACAGCUAUGGUCUUGCGUUCGUACCGCUCAUGUCGACACUACGUUAAGAUUGUUAGCGAUGGGAGCUGAUGUCCACUAUGUGGAUCCGGAAAAAGGAAAUAGUCCGUUACAUGUGGCUGCAAAAGAAGGGCAAUCAAUGCAGGUUGAACUAUUGUAUAUUUAUGGUGCUGAUCCAUUACUUCGCAAUGCAGCUGAUCUUACCCCAGCCCAAUUGGCUCGUCAGGAUGGAUUUGUUGACCUCGCUAAUCGGCUAGAUGAGUUAGCAUUUGACUUAACGAAUAGAUUAUCAUUAUUUCUUUGUGGUCGUAAACCUGAUCAUCAGCAUCAACAACAUUUCCUAAUUCCUGAACUUACUGCUAAGAACGCCGUGGAAACAUUACGAUCAGUACGGUUAAAGAUUCAAGCGCUUCCUGAUUGUGCAUUUGAGAAACUUUUACAGGACGUUUACGACGAGGUUGAUCGUCGAGAGACUCAGGCAGCAUGGAUGGCUAUGAAUCAAGGGAAGAUAACUUCUGGAAAUGAACAGUGUGUAGCUGUAUUUUUACCGUUGAAUCCUGCAUUUUCUGCUACAAGAAACCAACUGCGACAAAAAUUGGCCAAAUACGACGUUCGAGAAUUUGCUACACUUAUUAUUGACGUGUUAAAGGAAGCUAAACGUCGCUAUUUCGGGCGUCCUCCUGAGGAUUUGCAAGAGACACUGGACACUAGCAACCUUCACAAUCUAUCGAGCAAUACAAGAAUGGAUUCAAGUGAACUUAACAGGGAUUAUGAUGAGGUUGCUGAUUUUCCUGGAAGAGUAGGCGAGAUUCGUACUAGCGGCACUACAAGGAGAUCGUCCGGAAACAAGACUCGCUCGACAUCUUCCAUAGAUGCUGUUAUAGAUGGACGUGUAUCAAUCGACGACGUGCUGGAGUUGAAGGAACGAAUGACCGAGAAUGAAAACAAGCUGAACUCGAUUUCACAUACGAAUACGCAAAUCAUGAAGAUCCUCACCAGCUUACAAAACUCCAUGGAACAUAUGAGAGUAGAGAAUAGCUGUUUAAAAGACGAGAUUGUUCGUUUAUCCGAACAAGCUGCGUUAGCAAGACGAUUACCGUCACCAGCUACAGUACCACAUAUGUCCGGCAACCAUAUAGUGGAACGUGCGCAUUCUGUUGGAUUGGAACGCGGUGACCGCAUCGGCCGACCACCGAUAGAAGAGUCGAGGAUAGCGAAGCGACAUGGAAGUAUGAGCGGAUCAACACCAGGAUAUUCACGGAUGGUUCCGAGUGGUAGAAUGAGUGCGGAGAAUCACAGAGAACGAGACGAAUCCAGAGAUGCUGCACGGGAAAAAUUGCGAAUACGUGAUCGAAAUAUGGAUUCGAACGACUAUGCUACUGUAACCCCAGCCCCUCAAGUGGUGGCUUCCAAGGUUCAAGAAGCAUUCAGUGAAUCUGUGUUCCCGGAUAAUCUGAUUCGCGAGACCGAGAAUCUUACUGUGGCCAUCCGAGCACUUCUUACCGAUGCGCAACAUAAACAGCUUCACGGACGUUCGAGUGAUCAUGCCCACAAGAUUGCCACCCUCAUUAAUCACAUAAUAUGUUUGAUUCCUCGCGAUCAGCGUAUCGGAAAAACCGAACAAGCGGUUACAGGGCUCAUGGAUGCAACUAUGAUUCUCAGCGCAAAAUGCAAUGCACCGAUUCUGGAUGCGGAAGAUGCAUGUCAUGCGGCGUACAGUGUCGCACAAUCGGCUAAAAUGCUACUUAUGGCAGUUCAUCACUGA